AUGUAUCGUACGAUACCAGACAAUGUACAAAAUAUGAAUAAUUCGGAAAAUUUAAAUACAACAAAAAUUCAUCGAACACUUAUUGAACAUGGUAUAAAUAUAGUAGCAAACGAUCGUGAUUAUCAAAAUGAUCCAUCGAUAAUAAGUUCAGCUAUAAAAACAAGAACUAAACAACAUGAAAAUGAACAACGUGAAUUACAAGAAUUAAAUAUGCAAUUUGCUAUUUAUUUAGAUCAUGUUCAAAAUUUAGAAAAUUAUAAUGGACAAUUAUUAGCUGAAUUAGAUGAUUUAAAAGAAAACUGGGAUACUGAAAUAAAUCAAAUAAAUGAAACAUAUGGUCCAGAUAUUAAAUCACUUCGUAAAGAAAUUGAUAAUUGUUUACGUGAUCAAAUUCUUCAUGAACUUCUAUUGAAAAAAUAUGAAUAUGAUAUAUGGCAAAUACAACAACGUAUAAAUGCAUUUAAUGAUAAUACUUUCUCUCGAUUACAUGCAGUUCAACAAGAAUUAAAUCAAUCAAUUAAUGAUUUAGAACAAAUUAAAAAUUACUAUGAUCGAUAUUCAGCAGAUUUAAUAAAAGAACGUACACAUGUAGACAAUUUAUGUAAUCAACUAGAUGGAUUAACAUUAGAAUUAGUUAAUCAUCGAUUAGAACGUAGUAUGCUUGAAAAUGAAAUACAAACAUUACGAGAACAAGCGGCAUUUCAAGAUAUAGUUUAUCAAACACAACGAGAAGAACUCUUAUCAUUUGGUACACCAGUUUUUGAUGUAUCAAAAUUUUAUCAUACUGAAUUAUUUCGUGCUAUAUCAGACAUUCGACAUGAUUUUGAAAUUCUUACAAAAUCUCAAAUCAAUAAUUUAGAAGAGUAUUAUCAUAAAAAAAUGGAACAAAUUCAAGAAAUUGCUCAAGAAAAUGAACGUAAACGUUUAAUAGCUAUGGAAAAUGAAACAAUAGAACAAACAUUUAAUUCAGAAUCAUUAAAAGAAAUUCAAAAUGUUUAUAAAGAGUUAAAAUUAGAAAAUAAUCAAUUACAAAUACAAUUCAAUGAUCUAUUGGAUGAUUUUACAAGAAUCGAAAAUGAAAAUAUACGUGAACAACAAAAACUUGAUGAACAAUUAAAUCAACUUCAAGAUAAGAUCGUUAAUAAACAAGCAAAUGUGAGUAGUAUUUUAGAAAAUAAUGAUUCACUUCAUUUUGAGUUAACAACAUAUCGAUCUUUAUUAAAUGCUGAAGCACAACGUAUACAUAGAUCAAAACAAGAAAAACAAUUACAAAAUUCAUCACCAUUAUUUAAUUAUAACAAUUCAGACAAUUUUAAUCGAAAUCCUAAUAAUUAUACAAUGCAAAAAAUAUCUACUCAAAUAUCAGCAACAGGUUCAAUCCAAUUAGAUUCUAUUGAUUUUAUCAAUGAUUGUAUUGUAAUAAAAUAUGAUAAAUCUACUGGUAAAAAACAAUCAUUAGGAAAUUGGAUAAUUCGUCGUCAAAAUGAUCAACAAUCAGAAAUAAUUUAUCGAUUUCCAUCUUCGUUUGUUUUAAAACCUGGACAGAGAAUUCGCAUACUAUCAAGACGUAGUCCACAAUCAACAAGGUCAGACAGUGAUGUAUUAUUUGCUGAUCAAAUUAAUACAUGGGGACUGGGUCAAGUUAUGAAAACAAGUUUAAUUGAUAAACAUAAUGAAGAAAAGUCUAGUAUGACACAAACUUUUCUUCCACGAUAA